GUAUGCCUCAAAAUUCUCAUACUUUCUAACGUUCGCAAGAAAGCGGGUUCUCUGUUCUAUUUUGAGUUGGGCUGAAUCCAGUGAAAGAUUAAGUGGUGGUUUUAAUUGCUUUUGCUAGAUGAUUGAUAAUUUCAAUUAUGUCAACUCAAUUUCAAGAACUGGAUGUUGUUGACAUCCUUGUCGAAUUCCUAGAAGUUUCCAUUCAUCAUCUAUUGUUUCUCAGGAACUUAUAUCCUCCAAGUAUAUUUGUUCUCCGGAAAAUGUAUAAUGUCCCCGUGCAGGUAUCAAGGCAUCCUGGCCUUAAUCAAUAUAUAACCGAUUCUUUGAAAAGUGUAGCCGCUUUACUUCGUCGGAGCAGUUUGAGAUGUGUAUCAUUAUGUUUCUACAAUGAGGAUGAAAGACCUAUUGAGCGGUUUGUGUUCGACAUAUUGGAAAUACAAGAAAAUUUUAGAACAAAUUAUGAUUUUUCUGACUCCUAUCUCCCGCGCUUGAGAGAAGGGUUUCGAGCUUUCAGCUUGAAAGUUGCCGCUGCUGACAUGAAAGCCUUGAAUGACAACUGUUCAUUUCAGAUUCAUAUUUCCACCACAGAGCAAGGGUCUCAAGCGCUGGCUAGUGAUCCAGGAUUUGAGGAUUUUCCAUGGAUUGAACUAGAAGACAGAGAUAGGGAUUUAUCAUCUCCUUGUCUUUCUCCUAUAAGGACUAUUGAUUCAGACUUCCUGAAGUUGCAAGUGUACAGAGAAAUGGCCUCAAGAUAAUUUCAGCAUAUAAAUUUAUUUUGAAUGACAAUUUUAUUACAUAGAAUUAUUUGUAUAAAUAUGUAAGUGUGAUAGUUAGGGUCAGAAGCAAAACAUUCUGUGAUACUACUAUCAUCUCACUUCCUGAUGUCGAUGUGUGAUAUUCACCAAUUUUGGAAGCAUAGGCGAUUGCAAAUGCUACAAAAUUCUGUUCAUGAACUCCUGUGAAGAGAUGCGCCAUAGGACCUGCAAACAAGUAAGUUUGUGCUUGUUACCCUAUUUCGUUUUACAACAGAAGCUAAAUAUAUUGAAACUAAAUUUAU